UCGCCGAAGCUGCAUUUUUUUUCUCAGCCAAAGCCAAACCGACAACCGCAUCAUCGCCACUAUCCGGAACCGUUACCCCGAGGCACGCUCCUCUGACGACACGACGGCUGGCAACUCGUACCGGGAGGACUACCGCUCAUAGUAGGCGGCAGAGCUGUCGAGAUUCAUCCCGCUUGCGACUGACUGGAGCCGCGAUCGCCACCCCUCGCCCGACGACCGCAUAAUCCUCCAUCUCCCCGCCACCUUCAACUCAGCAUAAUGGAUCACACCCGUGACCCUUGCCCAUGGGUCAUUCUCAAUGACUUUGGCGGCGCCUUCUGCAUGGGCGCUAUCGGCGGCACCAUAUGGCACGGCGUCAAGGGCUUCAGAAACUCACCGUACGGCGAGCGUCGGAUUGGCGCCCUGACGGCGAUCAAGAUGCGCGCUCCGGUACUGGGCGGCAACUUCGGCGUUUGGGGUGGUCUCUUCAGCACAUUCGACUGCGCCGUCAAGGGCGUCAGGAAGAAGGAAGACCCAUACAAUGCGAUCAUCGCCGGUUUCUUCACCGGCGGUGCUCUUGCUGUCCGUGGUGGUUACAAGGCUGCGAGGAACAACGCCAUCGGCUGUGCCGUGCUACUGGCCGUCAUAGAGGGCGUCGGUAUCGGGUUCCAGAAGAUGAUGGCGGGGAGCACAAAGCUUGAGAACCUGCCGCCUCCCCCAGAAGGCCAGGGAGCAUUGGCUUAAAUCACAACAAACGCGAACACGGACCAAAAUUAGCCACUCUACUCUUCCUUAUACGUGCCACCGUCGAAUGCCCCCGGGCGGUGGUCUCUUGUACAUCUUUCGGGUUCGGCACGGUCUCUGCAUCUUAAACAGGGCAAUGGGCGGGCGUUAUUACAAACUGUACACUAGACGGGGGAGAGGCUUGCCCGGAAGCCAGGAAGGAGUUACGACCAACAAAAAGAGCGACUCAGCUACACGAUUUUCACCGGAUGCGAUCUACCGAAAUAAUUCACUGGAUCAACCACCGCUUCUAUCCUGUGUUUUAUCUAACGCUAUGAGAUGUGAAAUCGGCCGA